GUGGCAGAGCGCAAACCUCUGUGUUCCGUCUCUGCAGCAGAGCACGAGUUUGCAGGUUGUUCGACAGUGCGCACAUUUUAUCAAAAUAUCUCGAGGGAAAAUAUUUUUUCUUGGCUCAGUACUUCCGUCCUUUCAUUAUGGUCCUCAGAAGCAUCAGCUUUUCCAUCUGCCUUUUUAUGACAGUAGCCACAGCGACAAACUUCAGUGAGCGAAAUUCCUUUAAAGGAUCUGAUCCGGAAGUGACGGUCUACCGUUUCAAAACCGGUAAUCUAGAAUCUUCUACAGUGGAACGCGGUCAGGAGGUCAACGAGACCACAGCUGUGUUCCUGCAGACGCCGUCAGAAGCUAGGAACCUUUCUCAAGAGGAGAAGAACAGAAGACUGAUCCAGGCGGCUAAGGAGGGAGCAAUUGGGGACCUGCGGGCGCUACUCGCGUCGGGGGCGGAUGUGAGGGCGAGGGACAGCGACUUGGACUGGACCGCGUUGCACUGGGCAGCAUUCUGGGGACACGUGGAGGUUGUGAGGUGCCUGGUUGGGGCCGGGGCGGAGGUAGACGCGAGGAACGACUACGAGGCUACCCCUCUGCACUUUGCUGCAGGAAGUGAUCGCGUAGCUGUGGUGAGGGUGCUGACGGCGUCUUCUGCCGACCCCAACGCUAAGGACGACGAAGAGCAGACGCCGCUGCACUGGGCGGCGGAGCGUGGCUACGCAGACACGGUGAGGGCACUGCUGGAGGCUGGGGCCGACAGGGAGGCCAGGGACGUCCGCGGGAGCAGCCCACUGGACCUCGCCAGGGCCAACGACCACCAGCAGCUGGUAGACGUCCUGGGAUCUAGCUAGGACGUCUGUGGAGUAAGAGAAAUAAAGCUUGCUGCGUGAA